AUGUCUGGUGGACGACUUACUCGAGCUCAAAAGGAGGCCCAGAAGAAGAAGCAGGGUGCGGCCGCGGCGAACGCCAACGCCCAAGCUGGACCGUCGGGCUCCGGCGCUCAAAAGCGUCCCGCCGAGGACCUCGCGGUGAUCGCUCCCCCUACCGCCGCCCGCCAAACCCCUCCCGAUUGUUUCCGACCGAUCAACCUCAUCGAAUGGUCCGCGGUGUUCAACAUCGACCCGAAGAUGUACGUGUGGGACGCCCGCUGCGCCACGAUCCAAGCUUGGUGGCGGAAAAUUUCGAAGGCCCAGAAGACGUGGGAGACGGACAAGAAGGGAGAAUUCCCUACGCCUUCACUCGAUCCGUCGAUGAAGGCGUUGCGGUGUUCGACCGGGGCGUACGUUGUUCUGCCGAAAGAAGGUCCUUGGGCGUGGCCUCUUCAGAGCUGGCUAGGCAAGGAGGAAGACCGAAAGGAGCUCCCGGUGAAGCCGACCCAGGAAUUCGAGGACUUAUGCAAGGUCGGCCGAACGGGAGAAAUCGACCAGCAGGAGAUCAACGCGUAUCUUGCUAAAUUCAAAGGCGGCUGGAAGCUCAUCUGCCCGCGCUGCAAGGAGGAUUUCGGCGAUUCCAACGUGGACGGGACCGAUCUCCCGGUAUAUUCCGGCCCAAAGCAGCUCCAGAUCGACUACAUCGCCGACAACGAGCAGUCGGCCAAGGCGAUCGACGAAUCGCCCCUCAUCAUCGCGGCUCGAUAUGGACCGGUCGAAAUUUGCCGUACGGCGCUUCCCCUCACGGCUGCGUCAGCGUUCGCGGCCUGCGGACCUUGCAAGACGGCGGGACACGGGUGCCAGCUAACGGUCGCUGAAGGUUGGGCGUUCGAAAUCGACGACAAAUCGGUCCCCGGCGUUCUUCGAGUCGCGAAGACAAUUUUGCAGUUCACGCAAAAUUUCUGGACGAGAAAGGCCGAGCGAGAAGAGGCAGGAGAAAAAGCGUUCGAAAUUUUGCGAGAGAUAGUUUGUCAUCGCAAGACUGAGCGCGCUCCCGUUCCCGCCGCUCCCGUUCCCGCCGCCGCCGUCGAAGGUCAAGAGGCACCCGCCGCUGUCGCUCCCGUAGUAAAUCCUACGCACGAUUGCACGCCGGUGCAAGAGAUCGUCGAUCGUUUGGUCUGGCCGAAGAAGGAGAAGCCUGCGAACAAGGGCAAGCAGCGAGAGGAAUAA